ACUGUCAGACUGUAUCCCUUGAGCAAUUACACCUUCGGCACAAAAGAGACACAACCAGAAGAAGAUCCCUCGGUCCUUGCUCGCUUGAAGCGCCUAGAAGAACACUAUGACGAGUACGGCAUGAGAAGAACCUGUGAAGGCAUUCUCGUAUGCCACGACCACAACCACCCGCACGUUCUCAUGCUGCAAAUCGCAAAUGCCUUCUUCAAGCUGCCUGGAGACUAUCUUCCACACGACGCCGAUGAGAUCUCAGGCUUCAAGCAGCGCCUCAACGAGAGACUCGCCCCCUCCGGAAACCAAUUCUUCAACGAUGGCAAUGAGGGCGAGUGGGAGAUUGGCGACACCCUUGCGCAAUGGUGGCGACCAAACUUUGAGACUUUCAUGUACCCCUUCAUCCCACCACACGUCUCUCGUCCGAAGGAGUGUAAGAAGCUCUAUUUCAUCCAGCUGCCCAAGAGUAAGGUCUUGAGCGUCCCCAAAAAUAUGAAGCUACUUGCCGUUCCCCUCUUCGAGCUCUACGACAAUGCCCAGCGCUACGGUCCUCAGCUUUCCGCCAUCCCUCACCUCCUCUCCCGCUACAACUUCGAAUUUGUCGACGAGCAAGGAAACGUCUCGGCUGUGACGCCUGGAGGUAACCCUAACGAGGGUAGUGUCCCGAGAACAAAGGUACUUGCAGGUGGAGAAGAGUCGGUCCAACAAGAGAACGGUGCUCAGCAAGACUCGAAGAUGGAGUAG